AUGGCUACUAGAUCGAGCCAAGAGGAGCACGAAGGCACUUCUCUUCAGCAUGAUGAUUCGAACUGGAAGCGGAUUUUCCAGGAAUAUGAUCUCAACGGUGAUGGCAAAAUCUCAUACAUUGAACUCAAGACAAUGGUCAGAGAUUCUGGUGGCAGUGAUGACAUUUCACCUUCAGUGAUGAGACUGACCAUGCACAAAGCUGACGUAGAUGAGUCAGGGUAUCUAGAAUACCCAGAAUUUAUGGCCAUGAUCCAUGAAAAAGAUAGACAGGGUGUCUUCCAGCGCCUCUUGAGUCGCUAUGUCGAUACAGUGGUCCCGAACAGGCCUCCGCUCACCCGUCAAUUGAGUACGAGGCCUUCACUGGACCUUCCUGACAAGCGAUACGAGAAGGAGUACAGUUUUCGACCCCCUCCACUAACUAUGAUCAUCAUAUCAAUUAUUGAAAUUAUUCUAUAUAUUUAUGAUAAACGGUAUGGUGGAGCUGGUGAGUUGUUCACUUAUCAACCCCAGAAGAGAUCCGAGGCAUGGAGAUAUCUGACUUACAUGUUUGUACACAAUGGAAUAAUUCAUUUAGUGGGGAAUUUACUAGUCCAGAUAUUGCUGGGAAUACCCUUGGAGAUGGUCCACAGAUGGUGGCGUGUGCUAAUCAUCUACUUUGCUGGAGUGAUAGCUGGCUCCCUUGGGACAUCAGUAGCACUUCCAAAUAGCUCCCUCAAUGGUGCAUCUGGUGGUGUUUACGCACUCAUGACAGCCCACCUUGCAGCAAUUAUAAUGAAUUGGCAGCAGAUGAAGUGGGCAGUAUUACAAUUACUUGGGUUCGGCGUUUUAGCGACUGUUCACAUACUCCCGAAUAUUUAUCAUCGUUACGUACUCCGCGAAACUAAAGACGUUGGGUAUGACGCACAUUUAGCAGGUGCCCUUGCAGGAUUGUUAGUUGGAAUUAAUGUUCUUCGUAAUCUCAAGGUGAAAAAGUGGGAAACGGUGAUUUGGUGGGUCAGCAUCCUUACUUACACUACUCUCACGACUGCUGCUAUACUCUGGAAUAUCUUUGGGAUGAAAUGA